AUGUGCUCAACUCAAGGGCUCGCGGAAGACUUUCCACUGACAAGUCUAGCCAUCGGCCAGUUUACCCGUUUCCUAUCCUCAAUUUCCAGUCCUGAGGGCACUCCCGCCCAGCCUGGGUCCAGUCAAUUGAAGGUCUUGAAAGAUUACUGUGACGCGCAGUCGUCUACGUCGCACGACCAAGUCGACUUCCCAGAUCUUCUAACUGCGUGGGCAAAUGCCCGCGAAGCCAAUGCCGAACCUAUACUGUCGGCUGUCCCUGCUGCGCUUACUCAAUUCUUCCGGACGGUUUCCAACCAUGUCGAAUUCCGUGACUUUGGACUCUCCCUGUGUCACAGUCUGCUCAAUCGGGACCAGAUACGGCUCUUCGACCGUGGCUUAUCCUCGCCGAGAGCAAAGGAACACCUCAUAACCCCUUGCUUGCAGCUCCUGACCCAAAUAGCCAGUUUCGAUGGCGGUACCCUGGCUAGCAACGUCUUCAACCGUCGAGAUCUCCUCUACCGACGACUGGAUGGGAUUCUCAGUCAGCUACCGUCGAACCCAACAAGAUACCAAGACGUCAGUGCCCAUCAAGCGGCUCUGGAGUUUGUGCUUGUUAAUCUCAAGUACCUUGACCCUGCCUCAAAAUCCGAGCUCAUCACUCACGGCAGAUUGAUAUAUUCAGCGAUCCGCUGCCUAUCCAAUGUCGACGCUGGCACUGUCGUCAUCUUCCUGGACAGCCUUCGGACCUCGAUCCUCGGUGACAAUAGCCUCAGCAAACAGAUGAAGGUGCGAUGCUUGAACUCUGGCGUCUUAUCCAUGCUGGCCAAGCUUUACGACUUCAAGAUAGCCGAAGAAGCUGGGCCACGCGUGGAUGUGCGAGACGCUCUGCAGCAGUUGUUGUUGCAAGUUUGCACAUCGCCAGACGGCAGCCUGCUUGCGCAGGAUGGCUGGUAUCCUGUUGGUAGCAGUCCGGAGGUGCUGGAACAAUCCGAGAAUAUGAUCGAUCUCGGUUUGGACUCGCCGUUUCACUUUGACGACUACACUGAAAAAGUGCCUGUCAGGAACACCAUGUUGUCGACUUUUCUGCAGACACUCAAGCCCGAGAGUGACGUGCUGCAAGCCAAUCUAAUCACCGCCAUGUUCGAAGCUGCUCCUGAACUGGUGGCCGACUAUUUCACGAAGAAGCAGAAAUUCGUCGUCCCUCCGGGAGAUGACCCGAAAUGGCGUGGACAGUUUGCUUUUGUGUUCUCCGUCAUUCAGCUACCUGUGCCGAAGUACUGUGGCUGGCAUGAUAAGCUACCUCUAGUUCCACCACCCUUGUCAGUUGUGGUGGAAAGCACCCUUCCUCGACCCCUGGAUCGGGCUACGAUUGGCAAAUGCCUUCGGAUGAACGACGACGUCAUGACCAUAUCUGCGGCACGGUUGCUCACUGUGGCCUUUGAGAAACUCGAGGCGGUUCUCAACACCUUUGGGAAAGCGCCUCCGGAGGCACCUCUAUGGCGUCAAGCGUCUCAGAAACUCAUCACCCUGUUCGUCGAUCGAAUUCCACCUCUGCAUGACAUCGUCACUGCUCUUCAAAAGGUGGAUCAGGAUAACGAGCAGACGCGCACGACAGUAUUGGAAUGCAUUGCGACAUAUCUACGAGUCCUCCCGUCUUUGGCUGCAACUUCCAAAUUCGACUUCGGACCCAGUUUGACAAAAGCAAUCCACCUAUUCGAGCGCGAGGACGCUAAUGUGGACAAGGAUGUUGUGACCGAGCAGAUUCAACAUCUUUUGCGCAUCACCGAUAUCUCGCCCUCAACAAGGUGGUUCCACAAAACAGCAUCGGACGACGUGUCCCUACUGGUGCAGCUGCUCCGAUUCUGCGUUCAACAUCCUGAGACUCUCGUCACCCGCCGAGCUCUUCCCAUCUUAAAGGCAAUACUCCAUAGCAAGGGAGUCAUUAGCACCAACACGCAAUCUUUCGAAGCGCUGGUAGCCAGCCUCGGCAGCACCAAGAAGUGGGAACCGGCUCUUGUCACGUACCAAUUCCUUGACAACUGCUUGUCUAGAACGAUACAGCGGCCGGUCAGGUACCUCGAUCAGCUUGAACAGGCCCAGCAAUUGUUGUCCGACUCUACAGACUUGAGUCUCCUGGCCUGUUGCGUGGCUGAGCAAUGGCACUACAUCGUCAAGAAGGAAGAUGGCAAAUGCCUCAAAAACGUUACAGGAUGGGUCGCGAAACUCUUUUCUGCUCUCGACGCUGCUGGCGAGAAUUAUCGAGUCAUGACCCAUUUCAAGGAGGACGUGAUGAAACAACCGUGCAACGGGAAUGGUAAGGCCAAAGCUCUGCUCGAGAAGUCGUUCGAGAAGCAGAGGGCGAAGCCUACAGUGUUGUCCGACCUGCAAUCGCCCGACAUCGAGCCAUCUGGCGAAAUCCAAAAGGAGGACGCAGCGAUACCGCAUGCAGAUACAACACCCAGUAUCGACCUCGACGGUGUCUUCCCCCCGCCGCCGAAUAUUCCACAUUCAUUGGCCGGCCUCGACCGAUGGGUGAAGCCCGACUUCGAAUCCGAGAUCCAUUCUGGCCGCCUCGCCAGCUUGAUCCGGUGCCUCAUCUCUUCGGAGGCCGAGAUCCGCAUUCAGGCGUUCCACACGUUACAAGGCGUACUGUACGCGCUGGAAGGAUCUGCUUAUGAGGAGAAAACGCAACUCUACCUCCUGCUCGGCGAACUAUGCGAGACCGUCAAGGCACACAAUUUAUCGAAUACGACAUCUCCCUCGCCCUCUAUCGUCGCGGAACUGGCCAUCCAUUUCCUCCCGACGAUAGCGGAGCCGUCGUCGCCCUUCUAUCGCAAGACGAACAAUUAUCUCCUUCGCGCGCCGUCGUGGUCCACCACGCACAUUUUGAGCCACUGGAUCAACGAGACGUUUUUUGUCCCGCCCGAGAUCGACGACGCGGAUAUCCCCUUCCACGUCCCGCAAGGUACCGGCACCGGUACUGGGUCUGGAGGGACAAAUAACAACGCCCAAGCCCUCGAGGUGGAACGUCUCCUCGACCUUCUCCUCCGCUCACUCCGCACGCCAGAGGACAUGGAUCUCUUCCGUCGCGCCCACGUCUUCACGCGUCUAUUCUCAUAUUACCUCGCGCCCAUCUGCCCCCGACACCUCCGCAAGAAGAUUUUAGGGCUGGUAUAUCGCGCCACGUCGGUGGCCGGCGGGAGCGACACCCUCAUCACCCGAACAGGAGCGAGGGAGUGGUUGGCCGCUGCCAAGCACGUGAGGCUUCAUAGCGGAUAUGGUCCCCUGUUCGGCAGGAUCGACGAGGAAAUGCAUACCUGGGUCGAGGAGCUUGAGAAGGAGAUCGAGCGGUCAUGUCAUAGCGUGGGGAUCAAACGGUGGGAAGGCGAGAGGAGGGGUCUGAGUCUCAGACCAGUAUCAUCAGCAGGAAUGGCUUCCCAGGGUGCGAACGGAGUCGCAGUCACGACGAGGACGGGGAUGAGGACGGGUAAGAACACGAGGCAGAGCGGAAACGCAAAUGCAGAGGCAGAUGCAGACGGGGGAGCCGACAAGGUCACGCACGUCAAUGCAGUCGAAACACCUGGCGGGGAGGAGACGAGCGACCUGGAGUCCGACUCCGCCACCAACACCGACACCGACACAGACUCUGGUAGUGCUUCUGGGUCUGAUUCUGAUUCUAGUUCUGACGCGGACUCGCACUCGGACUCGGACUCCACCAGCGACGCAACCACCACGCGUACGAGUACUCGUUUCCUGAGGGCCGGACCGUGA